AUGAAGCCAAUUGAAGGAGAUGCUCACUUUGAUGAAGACGAAACGUGGAUUUUGGAAAAUAAUCGAAAUGGAACAAAUCUGUUUUGCACUGCUGUUCACGAAUUUGGACAUAGCCUUGGUUUGUCGCAUACAUACAACAGCGAUGACAUCAUGUUUCCGUUCGAGACAAAAUGUAGUGAAAACCUCCUGUCAGAAAAUGACAUAGCUAAUAUCCAAGAACUUUAUGGCAAGCCUGAUGAUUUCAUCUCAGCGACCCAUAAGUAUGGGACCACAAGUAUAGCGACGACAACUCUGGAAAAAACCACAGAACCGACAACUGUUCACACGACUCCGUCUUCGGAAGCGACGACGACGACAAAAGAACCUACAACACCAAGCUACACAUUUACAAACGUGACAUCCGCGGCGACCACACUGCUGACUACAACCACAAAUCAAAGAAAAUUAACAACUCGCAAGUCUAUUUUACCCUUCCCAGAAUUGUGCUAUGGAAUAUUAAAUGCCAUCAACUUCGGUGCGGACGGAAAUCUAUACGUUUUUAUCGUAUCUCAGACUGUUCAUUAUCUAUCUAUCUAUCUCGGAUUGUGCAUUAUCUAUCUAUCUCGGAUUGUGCAUUAUCUAUCUAUCUAUCUAUCUAUCUAUCUAUCUAUCUAUCUAUCUCGGAUUGUUCAUUAUCUAUCUAUCUCAGACUGUUCAUUAUCUAUCUAUCUAUCUAUCUAUCUAUCUAUCUAUCUAUCUCAGACUGUUCAUUAUCUAUCUAUCUAUCUAUCUAUCUCAGACUUCUCAUUAUCUCUCUCUCUCUCUCUCUCUCUAUAUAUAUAUAUAUAUAUAUAUAUAUAUAUAUAUAUCAGACUGUUCAUUAUUUAUCCAACUCUGUUCCUUAUCUAUCUAUCUAUCUAUCUAUCUCAGACUGUUCAUUAUCUAUCUCAGACUGUUCAUUAUCUAUCUAUCUAUCUAUCUCGGAUUGUGCAUUAUCUAUCUAUCUAUCUAUCUAUCUAUCUAUCUAUCUAUCUAUCUCGGAUUGUUCAUUAUCUAUCUAUCUAUCUAUCUCAGACUGUUCAUUAUCUAUCUAUCUAUCUCAGACUCUCAUUACUUCUCUCUCUCUCUCUCUCUCUCUCUCUCUAUAUAUAUAUAUAUAUAUAUAUAUAUAUAUAUAUAUAUAUCAGACUGUUCAUUAUUUAUCCAUCUCUGUUCCUUAUCUAUCUAUCUAUCUAUCUAUCUAUCUAUCUAUCUCAGACUGUUCAUUAUCUAUCUCAGACUAUUUCGGUCGUUGUACGCUCCGGCCUUUCUUUAUUUUUAUCUUUCUUUCUUUCUCUCUCUGGGCCUAUUCUCGUUCUUUUCGCUCCUUUUUUUCUCUCUUUCUUUCUUUUUCUCUCCUUCUUUAUCUCUCUCUCUCUUUUUCUCUCCUUCUUUAUCUCUCUCUCUUUCUUUUUCUCUCCUUCUUUAUCUCUCUCUCUUUCUUUUUUCUCCUUCUUUAUCUGUCUUGCUUUCUCUUUCAUUUUUCACUUUUCUUUCUUUCUUUUUUCUUUCUGUCUCUCUUUCUUUCUUAUUCUAACCUUUCUUUCUCUCUCUCUUUCUUUACUUGCUUAA